GCUGCCAAAAAACGUAAAAUAAGAGCGGGUAAGUUGCAGAGAAGAUGAGAAUAAGCUCCGAGCAUUCGCCAGAUGCCGUGCGGCUAGUCAACGGGAAGAUUCUGUGCGUGGCUGACGUGUGCUAGGAGCCACGGGAACUGAGUGGUUGCAAGAAUACAUAAAUAUAUACCCAAAAUACAUACGUAUAUGUAUUAAGACACACGUGCAUAUAUAUAUAUAUUAAAAAAGAACAACUUAUUUAUACAGCACAGUCGCUAAAUUUAGAAGCAUAUUAUUUUGAAACGUUUUGGUGUUUUGCUUUCUAUUUUUUUUGUGUUUUUUAUUAUCGAGUGCGAAAUGGAAUCGGUGCAUGUAGCGCCAUCUGUCCCUAUUCCAAUCGAUGCCAUAUGCCAAUUUGCUGGAGAGGAGCGUCACAGUUCGGAAUCAGAUGACACAGAAAAUAUUCCAUACCAUGCUCGUGAGAAUGCACGACCCUUUACCUAUGGCAAUCUUCCGCAAGGCUUCACUACCAGUGAUUUGAAUCAUGUGCCAACUACCGAGGAAAUUGUGGAAAUUCCGAAAACGAAGCGUACACAAAACGCCUACCCAGCCAGUCCAUCCUCUACACGGAGGAAUAAUCGGCCGAGCAUUUCGCCAUCACGUCCAGUAUUACGAAAGACACCCUCAAGGCAAGAGUUCGAGGAAAUGCUGAUGGAACGCAAGGAGCAAUCUCUACGCGAACAAAACAAUAUAGCCACAAAGUUGGCCCAGAAUGCAGCCAUUCAAAAAGAUUUGGACGAGUUGCACGAACGCCUCAAUAAAACAAUUCUCUCCCCGGAUAAUAGGAAAGCAGAUGUUGUGGAUAGCGGCAAACAGGUGGUCAGACAUGUGGAAUCCAUUGACCUACCCGAUGAAGGGCAGUUGUGUGUAGCUCCAGUGCAUCCACACUUUGAGCCAGCCCUUAUUGUGGUGGACAGAAAGCGUCCAGAGACUCCAACUUUUCCAGUCAUGCAACGCCAUGCAAAUUCCGAUCGUUGUGUCAGUCCUUAUCUAUCUCCCCGACUAGCCAUUGCCGAUGAGCCUCAUGUGGUGCGAGAAACCAUUCGAGAAAAGCCUCGCGCCGAACCAAAAAACCAUACGCAGGAGGUGGAGCCUCAUUUGGUGAAGUUUGCAAAAGAUUCAUCCGAAUACUGGUACAAGCCGCAUAUGACACGAGAAGAAGCUGUCCUCUUGCUGCGCAAUGCAACGCCCGGAAAAUUUCUCAUACGAGACUCGACAACAUAUCGUGAUGCCUACGGCCUGGUUUUGCGGGUGGCAAAGCCUCCACCUGGAGUUGGUGUCGGUGCGUCUGGAGAUGAACUGGUGCGACAUUUUCUUUUGGAGCCAACAACACGCGGUGUACGCCUUAAGGGAUGCGCGAAUGAACCCAUCUUUUCAUCGCUUUCUGCCUUCGUUUACCAGCACUCGAUCAAUCAACUGGCUCUGCCUUGCACUCUCAUUAUACCAGACCAGGAACUGUUGCUAUCGUCUCGUGAUGAGGAGUUGAUUUCCAAGCAGAAACAGGUGCUCCAACAGGGAGCUGCUUGUAAUGUGCUAUACUUGUUCCAGUCGGACAUGGAAUCCCUUACUGGUGACGAAGCUGUGCGUAAGGCGGUUUUCGAAAUGAAUUCUGGAGACAAACGACCCAUUCCCAUAGAAGUACAUUUCAAGAUAUCACAACAGGGCAUCACCCUAACAGACAAUACGCGUAAGAAAUUCUUUCGCCGACAUUAUGCAGCCCAGAAUAUAUCCCACUUUGGCAUGGAUCCCAAUAAUCGUUUUUGGAGUGUCACUGCCAACGAUGAGGGGCUUCAGCGAUCGGUUAAUAAAUCCAUAUUUGCAUUUGUCGCACGUCCUUUGUGCGGCUCAAAGGACAAUCAGUGUCACAUCUUUUGUGAUUUAGCCUCAUCCCAACCAGCAUCAGCGAUUGUUUCCUUUGCCCACAAAGUUCUUCCAUUGGAUAAAUCAAAUUGUAAAAUGCUUUAAAAUUAAGAAAUUCAUAUUUGUUUUCUAACUGUGCAUGAAAGAGAUUUUUUUUCUAACAUUUUAUGUCUGUUUAUCAAAAUAUUUUAUGAUUCAAAUACAUUUA